AUGCUGCUACAACGCAAGAAACCUUUCUUCUUUGUGCGUACGAAAUUUGAUGAAGCCAUUGAAGAUCAAUCAGAGAUAGAUCCGGAAGUGAUUCGCCAUAAAAUAGUAACAGAUGCUCAUAGAAGCCUAAAAGCGUUGAAACUUAAAAACUGUCAGAUUUAUGUGAUAUCAAACUUCGAACCAGACAGCUUUGAGUUUCCCAUCCUCAUGGACAGUAUAUUCAUGACUUUGCCCGAUCUCAAAUCCCAGGCGAUGGUGUUCACACUUGGAACCUUCUGCCACAGUGUCAUCAAGGAGAAGAAAACUUUUCUAAAAUCUAGGAUAUGGAAAGUUGCCACUCUCUCUGCGGCGGGUGGAGCGAUACCUAUCCCGGGCUUGGAUAUUGGUGUGGACAUCACUUUACUUGUCUUCGAGACAAAGUUUUACCUGGAGCAGUUGGGCUUAGACGACGAUUCUAUGACGCACUUGGCGGAGAGAACCGGAACUACAGUCGACUAUUACAAAGACGCCAUCAUUAAAUCGAGAAGUAUCUUAUUGGCACGGGGUGGAAUAACAUCCACAAUAAAAGGAAUCAUUUUGAAGCAAGCCUUAAAAAACUGUCCAAGGAAAUUUUUAAAAUGGAUUCCUUUUAUUGGGUCAGUUGUGAAUGCGGCAACCUCCUUUGGCACGACGUACUAUUUUUUAGAUAAGCUCAUCGAGGACCUAUCCACGGAUGCGCAUUCCGUGCUUGACCGUGUCACACAGAGACAGGUUGGAAAUGCUACACGUAUUGACUAG